AUGCCUGGACCUGUAGGGCCGAUGGGGCCAUACGGUCAGCCGGGGUCAAAGGGCGAGCCAGGUCAAGACGGUGAGAUUGGACCAAGUGGCCCUAUGGGUGAGCGGGGAACACCUGGGAAACCUGGGGACGACGGGAUAGGGUUGCCCGGCAAGGUAGGUCCGAGGGGUACACCAGGGUUAGUUGGAGCAACCGGUCAGACUGGCGUCAGAGGUCAAAAGGGUGAGCCAGGGGAGACACCAGGCGACUCCAAUCAGCCGGUAGCAUUCACCGUGACGAGGUCGGGUGCUUUAGAUGUGUCUACGGACAUUAACACCCGUUUGCCCUUCCAGCAGACCGCGACGCUACUGCCGGGUACCAGCUUCGAUCUCGAGACUGGCACGUUCACGAGUAGUGUGUCGGGCACGUACGUGUUCAUGUUUUCUAUGAGCAAAUAUCCUUCCAGCAGCGUACUGUACGUCCAGCUCCGGAAGAACGACGACGUGGUUGUCUCUGGCUAUAGCAGUGCAAGUCACUGGGAGCCGAUGUCUGGGAGCGCGGUGCUGGUUCUGCAGCAAGGAGACACGGUGUAUCUUACUAUGCGCGGUAGGGUGGGUUAUGCUUCCAAUCACGACACCUCAUUUAGCGGCUUCCUUCUUUACCCCGAAUAA